AUGGGAUUUGAGUUUCUAAAAGCCUUUCAAGUUCAAUCUAGAAGGUUUCUCUGGCUAAUUGGUUUAGUAUUUGCUACUAUUCUAUUGUUCCAAUCUAUUGAACUCCCAAAGGGUAACGCUUUAUGGUCCAUGUUUUCUUGGGGCCAAGUCCCGGAACAGCAAAAUCAUGCCUUCUUCGGUGAGAACUCGACAUUGUAUCCACUCGUAUUUAGCAAUGUGAGCUCACACGAUUUUUCUAAUUCUUCGAUGAGUGUUGAGCAAGGUCGAGAUGGGCCUAUACUAGACGGUACUAUGCUUAGUAAUACCACCGAGAGGAAUGCUUCAGUAAUCGAUUCUACGAAAGACCAUAUUGCUUUACCACCAACAUAUACCGGAGAUUUCAACUUGGGAUUUGUAUCGCCUUCUAUUGCACCAUCUCCAAUAGAUUUGAUCCUCGAUAAUGUAGCUCGUAAUAUAAGUAUCGAGUUUAAGUCUCCACCAAUAAAUAGUGAUUUGCCUCCGUUAUUGCCACCUUUAGUUAACGUUCGAGCAAAGAAACAGCCACAAAAGCCGGGUGUUUUUGACAAGGAGGUGUUUACAUUGUCUGACAUGAGUGAGUUAUUGGUACAGAAUUAUGUGUCUCCGCCUACAAUGAUACCACGAUGGGCAUCGAAAGUAGAUGAAGAUUUAGUUCUUGCAAGGCAAUUGAUUGAGAAUGCACCUCCCUUGAAGGAUGACCUCUAUGCACCACUUUAUCGCAAUGCAAGCAUGUUUCAAAGGAGCUAUGAAUUAAUGGAAAAAAUGCUUAAGGUCUACAUAUAUCGGGAAGGUGAUAGGCGAAUUUUCCAUAGACCGCCACUCGAGGGCAUAUAUGCUUCUGAAGGAUGGUUUAUGAAACUGAUAGAAGCAGACCGACAUUUCGUCACCAAACGAGCCAAGGAUGCACACCUCUUUUACCUUCCUUUCAGCUCUCGGCAGUUGGAAGAGACUCUGUACGUCCCAAAUUCACAUAACCAUAAAAACCUUAUACAACAUUUAAAGGACUAUGUCGAUAUGAUUUCAGCAAAGUACCCGUUUUGGAACAGAACCGAUGGUGCAGACCAUUUCCUUGUUGCCUGCCAUGAUUGGGCACCAUCGGAAACAAAGAAAUACAUGGCUAAUUGUAUUAGAGCUUUAUGUAACGCCGAUGUAAAAGAAAAAUUCAAGUUCGGCAAAGAUGUGUCUCUCCCUGAAACAUACGUACGAAAAGCACGAAAUCCUCUAAGAGAUGUUGGUGGAAAACCACUUUCCAAUAGGAAGACUUUAGCUUUCUAUGCAGGAAAUAUGCAUGGUUACCUCCGACCGAUUCUUUUAGAACACUGGGGCAAUAACAAAGAUCCCGACAUGCAUAUAUUCGAGGAUACGAGGUAA